GCCGUGAUUCUUGAAGACUUUAGUUGGUAUGAAACCACACAAGCGGAAGAUCAAUUUAUAACCACACUUCAGUAUUUAACGAUAGAUAGAGAUUGCUAAUGAUAUAACAUUUUAUGUCAUUAAUUUAUUAUUAGCUAAAAGCAAAGGAGAAGUCUAACUCGUUAAACGGAUUGCAUCCCACUGGAAAACCUGACAAUGCGAAAUAUAGCCUUGCUGUUGAUUGUCUUGCUUGGUGUUGCACAUUUUGCCACUGUAAUCCGAUGUGAAGAUGAUGUAGCGAAAGAAGACGUCGUAGAGGAGAGUGACGACAGUGAUGAUGAGGAUGAUGAGGAGGAUGAUGAUGAUACAGAGGUGAAGGAAGAGAAUGGAGUGUUUGUUCUGACUGACAACAACUUCGAUACGUUCAUGGAAGGCCGGGACACGGUAUUGGUUGAGUUCUAUGCACCAUGGUGCGGCCACUGUAAGCAAUUUGCUUCAGAGUAUGAGAAGAUCGCUCAGACUCUGAAGGAGAAUGACCCGUCUAUCCCUGUGGCCAAAGUGGAUGCCACAAAGGCCAGUUCCUUAGCGAGCCGGUUUGAUGUGUCAGGGUAUCCCACGUUUAAGAUCAUGAAGAAGGGGGAGCCUGUUGAUUAUGAUGGAGCACGGACUGAGCAGGACAUUGUAGCUCGUGUGAAGGAGGUCUCCCAGCCGGAUUGGAAGCCCCCUCCUGAAGCUACUCUGGUGCUGACCAAAGACAACUUUGACCAGGUCGUCGACAACGCUGACAUUAUACUGGUGGAGUUCUAUGCUCCAUGGUGUGGCCACUGCAAGAAGCUGGCCCCGGAGUACGAAAAAGCAGCUAAGGACCUGAGCCAGCGCUCACCCCCCAUCCCGCUGGCCAAAGUGGAUGCCACCCAAGAGAGUGACAUUGCCACCCGCUUCGGGGUAUCGGGGUACCCCACCCUCAAGAUCUUCAGAAAGGGGAAGGCCUUUGAAUAUAAUGGACCCAGAGAGAGGAUGGGUAUCGUUGAUUACAUGAGCGAGCAAGCGGGGCCUCCCUCUAAGCAGGUGCAGACCGUGAAACAGGUGCAGGAACUGAUCAAGGACGGGGACGACGCUGUCAUCGUGGGCGUGUUCUCCUCCGAGCAGGACACAGCCUAUGAACUCUACCUGGAGGCCUGUAAUGCUCUGAGGGAAGACUUCAAGUUCCUCCACACCUUCAGCUCUGAUGUUGCUAAGUUCCUCAAGGCAUCCCCUGGCCAGGUGGUCAUGACGCAGCCUGAGAAGUUCAUGUCAAAGUACGAGAAGGCCUCCAACACACUCACCAUCAAAGAGUCCACAGUGGUGUCGGAGGUGCAGGACUUCUUUAGGAAACACGUUCUGCCACUGGUUGGUCACAGGAAACAGAGCAACGAUGCUAAACGGUACACAAAGAGGCCGCUGGUUGUUGUAUAUUACGGAGUGGACUUCAGCUUCGAUUACAGGAAGGCCACCCAGUUUUGGAGGAGCAAGGUCCUGGAGGUGGCUAAGGAUUUCCCAGAAUACACCUUUGCCAUUGCCGAUGAGGAGGACUAUUCGGACGAGCUGAAGAACCUAGGACUCAGCGAAAGCGGGGAGGAGGUCAAUGUGGGAAUCUUUGGCGCUGAAGGCAAGAAGUUUGCCAUGGAGCCUGAGGAGUUUGAUUCUGAGGUGCUCAGGGACUUUGUCGUCGCCUUCAAGAAAGGCAAACUGACUCCCAUCAUCAAAUCUCAACCCGUCCCUAAGAACAACAAAGGACCUGUGAAGGUAGUGGUUGGGAAGACCUUCGAGGACAUUGUCAUGGAUACAGAAAAGGACGUCCUCAUUGAGUUUUAUGCUCCGUGGUGUGGCCACUGUAAGAAGCUGGAGCCCGACUAUAUUGCCUUGGGCAAGAAAUACAAGAGCGAGAAAAACCUGGUCAUCGCCAAAAUGGAUGCCACUGCAAAUGAUGUUCCUCACGACAUCUACAAAGUGGAGGGAUUCCCUACCAUCUACUUUGCGCCUAGCAAUAGCAAGCAGAAACCAAUCAAAUUUGAAGGCGGGGACCGUACCCUAGAAGGAUUUAGUAAGUUCUUGGAACAGCAUGCCACGAAAUUAUCACAGACCAGAGAUGAACUUUGAGAACAUCCCUCUCUGAGUAGCUAAGAACUCUAACCAUAACAGUGCAGACUACAGUUCCCAUGUGCUCUGUGGAAGCUGAGGGCAGAGACUAUAAAUCCUAAAUCAACCCUUACACCCUAGCCACUUGUAGUCCUUUGAGGUUUAGAUCAGAGGGCAAGAUGGAACUUCCACAAUGUUGCUUAGAUGUAUACAACCCUCUCAGAUCUCUGCCAGGGCUUAAGGUAGAGUUUUGAUGCUAGGGGAAUUGUUUAGGGGCUAGGGUCUAAGAGUUGAUUGAAUUUCUCCCCACAUUGGGCUGUUACUGAGUCGCUGUCAACCACCGGAUCUAAAAUCAUAUUUUUGUUGUUGUAUCUGAUCAAAACAAAAGAGAUUCUGCCCUUUCAUGUUAAAGCAUGUAAGCACUGUGUCACAGGUUUCUACAUCCUUUUUAAAUAAAACAUUGUGAAACUGGA